AUGCACAGUCGGGACAACUGGCACUUGCGGCCGUUCAAACCCGACGAGAGUGGCGUUACAGCGGAGACGAAGCAGAAACUCCUCGUGGAGGGCCACCGCAGUCUGAGCCAUCUGGGGGGGCGCGAAGGCUUGACCGAGGCGCUGCGAACUGAAGGCCACAAUUGGCUCCAUCUGGACAAGGACUCUCAGUGGGUCGUCCUUCGGUGCGAGGAGUGCAGGUCGCACAGCCUUCGUGGCAUGACGAAACCCGAGACCCGACAUUUGCCACGACCGCUUUCGGCUGGCGAUGUCAUCGGCGUAGAUUUGAAGAAGGUCAAGCCACCUGGUCGCGCUGAUGCUUGGAUCAUGAUGAUCGCAUGCGACUUUACUAGCAACAGGGUCUGGGCCUGGGACCUAGACGAGUCCGAACAGGACUUGCAGUCGGUACAGACAAGGCUGCACCGGUUCUUCCACGAGGUGGAGACCCCUCUCGUCAUCCACAGUGAUAACGGCGGGCAAUUCAGGUCGGUAGUGGAAGUUGCGGUGAAGGAGCUCUUGGGAGUGGCCCCCAGACACGUACCACCGGGCAGACCGCAAUCCAACGGCCUCGUGGAAGUCCACAAUAGGAUCCUGGACGCGGCUUCCGGCGGUCACCGCGCCCGCCUUGUGAGUGCAGUGGCCGCCUUCAACGCCCUACCCACUCGCAUUACGGAGAAAGAGUGGCAGGAUUACUUGGAUGCUUCGGAAAAGUUGUGCAACGAAGAUUACAUCAAGGCCGCAGACAAGUUUGACAGCAAUCUGCAGGAGUUGCAAAAGCUGGUAAGCGACAAGCACGAAAGAAACAAUAUGGCACGGAGGGUUGGCUACAAUUCGAGGGCUCCUCAAGCACCUGACAUGGUCUUGCUGAGCGGAGACCGGGUCAUUUGCCAGAACACGCAGUACGUCUCCAAAGUGGGAAACCAGAAGUUUGAGACGAACAGCACUGGUGCGCUUCGGGAGUACACCGUUUUGAAAGUCAACCAUGGAGUCGUCGAGCUGGAAGAACUUGGUACUGGCAGAAGGACCGUGAAGCAUGCAAGCCUGUUGAAACCCAUGCCGCAGAAAAUGCCCGCUGACGACGAGCACGUGCCAAGCCCAUCGCCUCGAACGAAGCAGUUGACGGCUUCUCUGCAGACUUUGGGGCCGUAUUGGGUCCUUCCCGCUAAGCCCGACGGCAGUUGCCUUUUCAGAGCGCUGGCAAUGGGCCUUGAUGCUUUAGGCGGCAUCCCACCAGCACACAUCACCGACAACGCUGCUACAGCACAAGCCUUGCGCACCAAGCUCUUGGUUCACUCCAAGUUGUGGCUGCAGAGCUUACCAGCCGAGGAGUUGGGCAGAGUGGAGAUGCAGCUGCAGGUGGAGAUGACUGACGACCGAGGGUGGCGAGCUCCACCGGUAUGGUCGUGGGAUGCCUACCAUGACUACAUGUCCCAGCCGGACAAAUUCGCGACAUACCACAUGAUUUCUUGUUUCGCCCGCUGUGAAGGAGUAAGUGUUUUGGUCUUUCAGCAGAGCCAGGGCGAGUUGCAGCUGGUUUGGACGGAGAAGGCGGACGCCGCAGACAAACGAGAUCCAAUUCGAGUGCUCAGGUGGCUUGACCUUCUUCAAAUCUACGCCGAUGACAUCGCCAGCCGAAAGCGGUCGUGGCAAAUGUCGGGUCUCGGGUUUCGUCAUGCCACGAAGGCUGUGCGACCUGCACUCCUCGCACCGAAGGACGACCCACUGAGAGUCCUUGUCCAGAUGGAGCCAAUUGUGGCCUUCAGUUCGCAGCGCCUCGGUCAAGCCUUCGCGCCCCCCCAGAUGGCUCAGACUGCGGUGGCCCUCCACGAGGAGUUUCUGCUUCGUCUCCGCUGUAACGCCACUCUCGUCGGGUUUGAAGGGCCGCAAGUGCCAGUUGUCCCGACUGUGCAUGGCCAAAAUGGCCUGACGCAUAAGACAUUGAAAACAAAAGCCUUUGUCACACGACACUGA